AUGGCCCAGCAGAACACAGUUCGACAGCAACCCUUAAACUCAGGCUCAAAACAAAAACCCUCCAGCCCCGAAACCCACGACAAAGACAUGGCAUCCCUCAGACGUUUUCUUGUCGUCAGUCUCGGCAACCCGGGAGAGUACCGGGACACCUAUCACUCAGCCGGCCACAUGGUCCUCGAAUCAUUCCAGAAAAAGCUCCCUGAAGCCCUUGGACAGCCAUCGUUUACCUCUGAACGUUACGGAAAGAAAGCUGUUCGCACUUCCGCCGGAUCAAAGUACACUCUGCUACAGAGUCCUACGCUCAUGAACAUCACCGGACCUUGGCUGGCCCGGGCAUACAAGGAUUUCAUGGUCGACCAGGGACUGAGCCCGGAAGAGGUCGGGCUGGUGCUGGUCCACGAUGACUUGGAGGAAGAGCUGGGUGUUGUCAAGGUCCGGCAGUGGAAGGCCAGCCAUAGAGGCCACAACGGCAUCAAGAGCGUUCUGGCCAGUCUGCCUCCAAUGCCCGACGCCAAGUGGGCACGCGUAUCAAUAGGCAUUGGGCGGCCGGAGGAUAGGGACAGGACCACUGUCUCUGACUUUGUCCUCAGCAAGGUCCCAAGGCACGCAAAGGGGAUAUUGCAAGAUAAGGGUGGGAGCGGAUUGUGGGAGGCACUCGGCAAGCUGGAGACGAAAUGGAACAAAUGA